AUGCUCACCAACGGUGCCGUCCAAGCUACCCCGCUAACGCUGCACCUGGCUGGCGGCAGGACGCUGACAAUCGAAGAUUCUGACCUUGUGCUUCAAGAUCCUAACUCUCCUGACGACAAGAACGCACAAAAGGAUCGCAACGGACGCCAGACGUUACCGCUUUACAAUCUCUUGUGGGCCGAAGUCGCGGACACCAACUUGACGAUAGAAUUUGCCCUGCUAUCCGAGAAGUCCAGAUUGCCGGUGGAAAUAUGGACGCUACCGAUCAACGCCACCGAUCAACGAUCUGAAUCUUCGCCUAAAGCAUUUGCAACCGAGCUCCGGUCCCGCGCCUAUGGCGAGGCGCAACAGAAACGGCGCGCCUACGUCCUCGUCAAUCCUAAUGCCGGCCCUGGAAACGGAGUCAAAAAGUGGCAGAAUGACGUCAAGCCUCUAUUUGACGCAGCCAGGAUGGAAAUGGACGUUGUAUUUCUGCAAAGUGGCGGCGAGGCCCUAGAGCUGGUGAGACAGAUGGAAAUUGGCAAGUACGACAUCGUCAUUCCCUGUUCCGGCGACGGCACAGCUCACGAGGUCUUUAACGGGCUGGCGCAACGACCCGACGCCAAGCUGGCCCUGUCCAAGAUUGCCGUCGGACACAUUCCCUGUGGCUCGGGCAACGCCAUGUCCUGCAACUUGUUUGGAUCACACAAGCCAGUUUAUGCAGCUCUUGCUCUCGUCAAGGGUGUUGUCACGCCGCUCGACCUAGUGUCUAUUACCCAGGGUGACACACGCAUCAUUUCGUUUCUCUCACAGUCGCUCGGUAUCAUUGCCGAAGGCGACCUCGCCACGGAACACCUCAGGUGGAUGGGCAGCGCGCGCUUCGACUACGGUGUCAUUUCGCGCGUUUUUCGCAAAAAGGUUUAUCCAUGCGACAUUGCUAUGCAGCUGGAGGUGGAGAAGGCCCAUGUCAAGGAGCACUAUAAACGGCAUGCGAGUGUACCGAACCUCAGAAAGGCCGCCGCCGAGCAAGCCAACUUGGAUGAGGGUGAAGGUCUACCCAAACUCAAGUACGGGACGAUAAAGGACGACUUGCCUGUCGGUUGGAAACUGGUACCGUACGACAAUGUCGGCACCGUCUAUUGCGGUAAUAUGGCUUUCAUGGCGCCGGGCGUGCACUUUUUCCCCGCCGCUAUGGCUACAGACGGAUGCAUGGACCUGAUCACCAUGAAUGGCGACAUUCCUGCGCUCAAAGCCCUCAAGGCUUUUCUGUCCGUCGGCUCCAACAAAUUCUUCGACAGCCCAUACGUAAAUUACAAAAAAGUAUCGGCGUAUCGCAUCAUUCCGCGAGACCAAAAGGACGGAUACAUUAGUAUCGACGGCGAAAAGGUUCCCUUCGCACCAUUCCAGGCAGAGGUGCACCAUGGACUCGGCAGAGUUAUCUCCAAGAGGGGCAUGUUCGAGGCUGAGGGUCCAGCCAACUGGGACAAGGUUACAGUGCCGGAGAGGCCACACGCGUGA